CACGAAACCUCCCCGUCCCCUCUCCCUCUCCUCUCCUCUCCGAGUAAUUACACCCUCGCCAGUGAUAAAUAUUAAUGCCGAGGUAGCUUUUGACAAAAGAAAAGAGAGAGUCGUAUUCUGCUUCUGCCAGGGAAAGAAAGAUGAUGAGUCGAUAGCCAUCUCCCUGAAACAAGGAGCGAAGGAAGCGGCCAUAGUUCUUUCUGCACUUCACGUAGAAGAAGAAGAAGAAAAGAAGGAAGAGGAAGAAGAAGAGAAACUUGUUCUGUUUUCUUCACCGAACACGGUGCGUGGUAUUUAUCUCUCGACAUUUAUUAUUUAUAUCCCACUAUUCUUCGAUCGAUGAUCUCUCCUCUUUUCCUUUUUCUUAUUCGAGAUUUAUGCAGUUUGGGUUCUUUAAUUUAUAUAUAUAUAAAAAAAAUGUAUGGAGAUUGUCAAGUCCUGUCGUCCAUGAUCGGAGGAGCCAACGUAGUGGUGUCGCCGGACUCGCUCAUCUUCUCGUCGCCGAUCCAAAACCCUAGCGGCCUCGGGUUCAUGGCCAGCAUGCCCCCAUUUCACGCCUUCUCCUCCAUCAUGCCGGAGGGGAUGAUGGGAAUGAGCAAGGAAGAAGAGAUGGAGAGCGGCUCCGGCAGCGGGCCGCUCGACGGCGGCGUGCUCAGUUGCGGAGAGGAGCAUGACGACGAACUGAUGCAGCAGCACCCCCUGCUGCUGCCGCCGCCGCCACAGCCGCCGUCCCAGCAGCCGGCGGCGGGGAAAAAAAAGCGCUACCACCGCCACACCGCCCGCCAGAUCCAAGAAAUGGAAGCGUUGUUUAAGGAAUGCCCUCACCCGGAUGAGAAGCAAAGGAUGAAGCUGAGCCAGGAACUCGGACUCAAACCUCGCCAGGUCAAGUUUUGGUUCCAAAACCGCCGCACUCAAUUGAAGGCACAACACGACCGUGCGGACAACGUGGGACUGAGGGCCGAGAACGAGAGCCUGAAGAAUGAGAACUUCCGGUUGCAGGCGGCCGUUCGCAACGUCGUCUGCCGCAACUGCGGCGGGCCUGCCAUUCUCGGCGAGAUGUCCUUCGACGAGCAGCAGCUUCACAUCGAGAACGCCCGCCUCAAGGAUGAGCUCGAGCGCUUGUCCUGCAUCACGUCCCGCUACUCCGGCGGCCGAUCGCCGCUCGGCCUCGCGCCGGCUCCCUUGCUCCUCGCGCCGUCUCUGGACCUCGACAUGGGCGUCUACUCGCGGCACUUCAACGAGCCGCCUCCGCUGGAGAUGAUCCCGGUGGCGGCUGCACCGCUCUCGGAGGACCUGCAGCACUCCCCGUUCGCCGGAGGCCUGACGGUGCUCGAUCAGGACAAGCCGCUGCUGCUCGACCUCGCCAUGACCGCGGCCGACUACCUCGUGAGGAUGUGCAACGCCGGCGAGCCGCUGUGGGUCCGGAAGAGCAACAAUGUGGAGGUGCUGGAUUUGGAAGAGCACUCGAAGCGCUUGGCUUGGCCGAUGGAGCUGAAGCAGCACGACGGAGAGUUCAGGACGGAGGCUUCGAGAGACACUGCGAUGGUCAUAAUGAACAGCAUCACUCUGGUCGAUGCUUUCCUCGACGCAAACAAAUGGAUGGAGCUUUUCCCUUCGAUCGUGUCAAAAUCAAGAACAAUUCAGGUGUUGAGUUCCGGAGUAGCCGGUGGAAACGGCUGCCUGCAACUGAUGCACGGGGAGUUGCAGUUUUUGUCGCCCUUGGUGGCAGCAAGAGAGGCAUAUUUCUUCAGGUAUUGCCAAAAGAACUCGGAGGAAGGGAGUUGGAUAAUGGUGGAUUUCCCAGUAGAUGGAUUUGUCGAAGGGGUUCAAACAUGCUUCCCUUGGUAUAGAAGGAGGACCUCGGGCUGUAUCAUUCAAGACAUGCCCAACGGCUAUUCCAGAGUGACGUGGGUAGAACACGCAGAGGUGGAGGAUAAGCCAGUGCAUCAAGUAUUUCGUCACUUCGUCGGCAGUGGCAUGGCUUACGGAGCGACUCGCUGGGCUUCUACUCUUCAAAGGCAAUGCGAGCGCCUCGCCAGCCUCAUGGCCAGAAACAUUUCAGACCUUGGAGCGGUGAUCCCUUCGCCGGAGGCGAGGAAGAACAUGAUGAAGCUGUCGCAGAGAAUGGUCAGAACAUUCUGCGCCACCGUGUGCGCCACAGGAGCGCAGUCUUGGACGGCGCUCUCCGACUCGCCGGACGACACAGUUCGUGUGACGACGAGGAAGAACACCGAACCCGGGCAGCCUAGCGGCGUCAUCCUCGCGGCCGUCUCCACCACUUGGCUCCCUUUCUCUCAUCAGCAAGUCUUCGAGCUCCUAACCGACGAGCAACGGAGGUCGCAGUUGGAUAUGUUGUCGAGUGGGAAUUCGUCGCACGAAGUUGCUCAUAUCGCCAACGGAUCGCAUCCCAGGAACUGCGUCUCUCUUCUUCGUGUCAAUGCCGCGAACAACUCGGCCCACAGCGUGGAGCUGCUGCUGCAGGAGAGCAGCACCCACCCCACCGGCGGUAGCAUCCUCGUAUACGCCACCGUCGACGUCGACGCCGUCCAGGUCGCCAUGAGCGGCGAGGACCCUUCCUACAUCCCCCUUCUCCCCACCGGAUUCGUCAUCCUCCCUGCCUCCGACGCCGCCGGCUGCCUCUUCACCGUCGGCACUCAGGUACUCGCCAGCGCCGUCCACUCCGCCAAACUCAACCUCUCCAGCGUCACCGCCAUCAACAACCACCUUUCCAACACCGUGCAGCAGAUCACUUCCAUGCUCGGCGGCGUCGCCACCGAGCAAUCUCCACCGGCACCUACGCCGGAGCAUUCGCAUGCUUGACGUACGGAGUAGUAGUAUAUAGCUGGAAUUACCACCCCCAUCAAUCCCAUUUGUCUACCAGAUCAUUCAGGACAAGGGAGGAUUUGACAGGAACCCACAAACUGCAUAUGCCUCAAUUAUGUGGGCUUUGUCAAAUCCUCACUUGUUCGGGCAUUCAGCUUCUGGUAAACAAAUCAAGGGUUACGUAAUAUUUGUAAUCUCCAGCUAUUAGCUUGCCAGCCCCCAAUAAAUGUUUGAAUCUGAAUAUUCCGGCGAACUGUUUAAUUAGGUAUCAGUUUAGAUUUGUGUAAAGAUUUCCAUGAUGAAGUAGAGAACAGCCAAGUAGCUAGCUAGGGUGUGACAGUGCGAGAGUUGAAGUGUGUGUGUUGAAAGGGAGUCAAGAGCGCACCAGAUGUGACCCUUCGUCGAGGGUGUUGGUUCGGGAAUUGACUUCCUUUUUAGCUGUUCUCCGUCCUUAAUCAUGCGUUUGGGUAGUUGUUCGGCA